AAGCUUGAUGACGAUGGCAUUUGCAUUCGCUAUUUGCAUAAUUAUGUAUAGCUGGAAUUAAUUUGUGAUAUGUGAUACAAAGCUUUGCAUAGCUAAUUAUUAUAAAUUGUAAAUUUGGUACCGUGAAACAGCCGGCGGCGUGCUGCGCGAAGUCCGCGACAGCGAAGGUGCUGGCCGGUACAGCAUGACAGCUGACGCGAUCAGCAUCCGCCGUGCUGACCUCAACGACGACGGGCGGUGGGCCUGCCGGGCUGCCAACACGCACGGGCAUUUGACACUGCGUCUACACUUGGCUUUGCGCGCGCAUCUGACGGUCCAUGUACAGCCGCAUACUCAGGUGGUAAAUAGUGGUGGAACUGCUAUAAUAAACUGCACGUGGGGAGGCUGGCCAGCCCCUCGGCUGGAGUGGCUCCACAACGGUAUACCGAUCAGCACAGGCAUCGCUGGCGGCCGGGUGCGCGUGCAAAACAGCGGGGAACAACUUGUGAUCACUUCUGUGCAUAGAUCAGAUAAAGGGGUGUACCAAUGCAUGGCGAGGAAUGAAAGGGACUCAGCUCAAGCCAGUGCUGAAGUUAGGUUGGGAGAUACCGCCCCAGAGUUGCAGUACACUUUCAUAGAGCAGGUGCUCCGACCAGGUCAAGUGGUGACGCUCAAAUGUUCAGCGGCCGGGUCACCUCCACCACACUUCACUUGGCUCCUGGAUGGUCAACCGCUGAAUACUAUGGCUAGAGGACAUCGAUACAGUGUGGAACAAUUCGCUACGAAGAACAAUGAUGUAGUGAGCUAUCUCAAUAUAUCAGCGGUGAGGUCAGAGGAUGGCGGCCUGUAUACUUGCAGAGCAGCCAACUCAUUAGGAGAAGUGUCGCACACCUCUCGUCUUAAUAUUUACGGACCUCCUUACGUGAGAUCUAUCGGACCAAUCAGGGCAGUUGCUGGUCGAGAAUUGAUUUUAUACUGCCCUUACUCCGGCUAUCCAAUCAGUUCAGUCAAGUGGGAGCGAGACGGCAAGCAAGUGGAGUGGGACGGCGGCGGCGGCGCGGGGGGCGCGUUGCGCGUGGCGCGGGUGGAGGCGGCGCACGGCGGCGCGUACACGUGCACCGCCACCGGCCCGCACGGAGAGAUCGCGCGCCGCGAGCUGCAGCUCGUUGUUAGCAAUCCACCAGAAAUAGAGCCGUUCUCGUUCUCAGCAAACCUGCAGGAAGGGAAGCGAGCUCAAGUGAGCUGCAGCGUCAUUUCCGGAGAUAUGCCCGUGCACUUCAUGUGGCUGAAGGACAACGGACCAAUACCAUCUUCAUUACAGGUGGAAGAGCGAGGCGCGGAUUUUUUCAGCAAUCUUGUAUUCAAAGAAGUGUCCGCUCGGCACAGCGGCGCGUACACUUGUGUCGCGUCCAACAGCGCGGCCAAAGUUAACUAUACCGCAGAGCUGGUCGUCAAAGUAUCCCCAAAAUGGGUGACGGAACCAAAGGACGAGGCAGUGCUGGCCGGCGAGCCCGUGGCCAUGCACUGUGAGACCACUGGCUCGCCUAACCCACAGGUUACUUGGUUGAAGCAAAGAGCUGGAUCGUCAUCCGACUACAUCCCCUUAGUGAACCUGGGCGGUCGCUUCCAGUUCCUCAUGAACGGCACUCUGUGGAUAGAGUCCGCUCUGCCCUACGAUGAAGGCUACUACAUGUGUAGAGCUGAAAAUGGGGUUGGAACUCCGCUUUCUAAGAAUAUCUUCCUUUCUGUUAAUGAGCCGGCACGGUUCGAAGUGACAUCACACAACGUGUCGGCGCGGCGCGACGCGGCGGCGACGCUCGCAUGCGAGGCGCGCGGGGACGCGCCGCUGCGACUCACGUGGUCGAGGGCGGUACGACCGCUUGAUUUGUCUACUUAUAGAAUAAGUAUAUCAGAAGCGAAGACGGACAGCGGUCUGCGCUCACAGCUGUACAUCAGCCGCACGGAGCGGACUGACUCGGGCGUGUACAAGUGUCAGGCCGUCAACGCGUUCGGACACAGCGAUCAUUAUAUCUACUUAUCCGUCCAAGAAAAACCAGAGCGUCCCCAAUCGCUCUCCGUCACGGAGAUCCAAUCCCGUGCGGUGCGGUUGUCCUGGAGCCAGGGCUUCGACGGCAACUCGCCGCUGGCCGCGUACGCCGUGCAGCGCGCCGCGCUGUCGGCCGCGGGCGCACUGCGGGCGGACCACUGGGACGCGGCCGACACGCUCAACGUGUCCGUGCACGGUCCGGACCAUCCGCACCUCGUGCUAACGAAAAAGGGAGAUAUCCACUACGAAGCUCUACUCAGCGGGUUAAGGCCUCACACGGCAUACAUGAUACGGAUAGCCGCUAUAAACCAGAUUGACCGAAGCGCUUACACUGAACCCGUUGUGGUAAAGACACAAGAAGAAGCGCCAUCCGAAGCGCCGAGCGCGGUGCAGGUGAGCGCGGCGGGUCCGGGCGAGCUGCACGUGUCGUGGCGCGCGCCGCCGCGGGACGCGUGGCACGGCGACCUGCUCGGCUACUCCGUGGCGUGCACUGAGCUCGCGGUGGACGGGAUGCACGGGAACGCUACUAGAACACUAACAGUAAACGGGUGGUCUGCGACAGAGCUAAGCUUGUCGUCGCUAAAGAAGUUCACGCGGUACGAGGUGCGAGUGCGCGCGUUCAACGGCGUCGCCGCCGGACCCGCCUCUGCGCCUGUCACCGCUACAACACUUGAAGGAGUACCCGAGGCAGCGCCCUCCCGCGUGACAUGCUCUGCGCUGUCGUCCUCAAGCGCGAAGGUGUCGUGGGGCGCGCCUCCCCCCGCACUGCGCGGCGGCAUCAUACAGGGGUACAAGGUCAUCUACGCGCCGCUCACUAGUAACCAUGCGGACGUGGCAGAAAUCAAGCGAGUAACAACAACAGACACGUACCUGCACACUCUGCACAAGUACACCAACUACUCGGUGCAAGUACUCGCCUUCACCAGCGCGGGAGAUGGGAAGAGAAGCCCGCCUGUGUACUGCAUGACUGAGGAAGAUGUUCCAUCGGCUCCAGAAAAGAUCAAAGCUCUCGCAUACUCUAGUGACUCGGUCCUGGUGAGCUGGUUACCGCCACUCCAUCCAAACGGCAUCAUCUCUCACUACACCGUUUACUAUCGGGAAGCUGGCAGGUUGGGAAAGCACUCAAGUUUCACAGUGGCUGCGGAGAAAAGCCCCGAGCUGGAGCUGCUUUUCCAGGUGCGCAAUCUUAUGGAGAACCAGCUGUACGAGUUCUGGGUGUCCGCCACCACCGGCUCUGGAGAGGGGGAGUCCACGCUCGUUGUGGGACAGGGACCUAGUGCUAGGAUACCAGCGCGCAUAGCAUCGUUCGGCGGAGUGCGUGCGGUGCGCGUGGGCGAGGGCGCGCUGCUGGCGUGCUCGUGCGUGGGCGCGCCCGCACCGCGCUCGCGCUGGGCGCACCGCCUCGACCCCGUCACACACCACCACUUCUACCAGGUCACGCGCAAGGGACACCUGCAUAUACGCGAGGUAAACGAGCAGUCAUCGGGCAACUUCACGUGUACAGCGCACAACAGCAUCGGCGAGGACUCGAUAGUGUACGUGGUGUGGGCGCUGGGCCCGCCCGGCGCGCCCGCGCUGUCGCUGCAGUACACCACCGCGUCCAGCGUGCGCCUGCUGUGGCGCCUGCCGCCCGCCGACUCGCCCGUGCUUGGUUACGUUCUCCAUUACAAACAAGCUUCAGAACAAGAAUGGCACAGCGUGGAACUGUCCCCAGAGCUGACGUCAUACACGAUGGACAUGUUGAAAUGCGGCACCACGUACAACGCGAAGAUUCAAGCGCAAAACAAAAUCUCGUUAGGUCCCCCGAGUGAGGUUCUCACUGCUACAACUAGAGGAGGACGUCCCAAGCCACCGAAGCCGGAGGAGCACGUGCACAUGAACGCGACGGCGAUCAAAGUGAACCUGUACGCGUGGCGCGACGCCGGCUGCCCCAUUCUUGGCUUCCGCAUCGCUUACCGCCGCGCGGGGGAUGAGCAUUGGAUCAAGGUGGGUGAGACGCUUACGGGCGCGAACCACGUGCUGGGCGAACUAGCACCGGGCACGUGGUACGAGCUCAUGGUGGAGGCGUGGAGCGACGCCGGCGCCGAGCGCGUCACGCUCCUCGCAGAUACGCACACGCUUGCUGGCGGUCGUAUCCCGUCGCUACGUCGCGCGGAGCCUGGCAGCGCGGCGGGCAGCGCGCGCACGGGCGGCGUGCGCGCCGUGCUCGUGUCGUGCGCCGCCGCCGCCGCGCUGCUCGCCGCCGCGCUCGCCGCGCUGCUCUGCCUGCUGCAUGCUAAGCGCAAAUUUUUCUGUUUCUCAAAUGACCAUUACCUAAGGGACAACAGGAAGCUCAGCGAGAGCAAUGAGGCUGAAAGAGAAAAGCUUAGAGAGGGACAGAAACUAUAUUCAUCGUCUUCUAUCAAUGGCAACGAGAAGUCAAAUGAUGACUCAUCAGCGGAGCUGUACGAGAUCAGCCCGUACGCAACGUUCGGCGGUGCGGCGGCACACUCGCUGCAGUUCCGCACGCUCGCGCGCCGCGACGACGACGCGCCCGCGCCGCACCGCCGCCGUCGCGCUUGUGAUCACUAUCGAUACGACGAGUCGAGCCUGUCGAAGUGCAGUACAGUUGAGGCGCGGCACCGGCUGCGCGCGCCGGCCGCGCCCGCGCCCCUCGCGCCCGCACCGCCCGCGCCGCCCGCCUGGCGCGAACGAUCCGACUCGGACGACUACAGUGACAGCGCUGCCAAUACCACCACUAAGGGUUCGGGUUCGGGUGGCGGCAGCGCAUACGGCAGCGGGCGGCGCACCGCCAGCAGCGGAGGCCCGGCCGGGAGCGAGCUCUCGGGGUGCUUCGCCCCAAUACCCCCUGAUAUAUCUUCAUUGAUAGAUAAAUACCAACAGCGGAAGGAACAAGAAAGGCGGGAAUGUACGAUACACGUGUAACAUUCCACAGUCCAAUAUAUAGUUUUUAUACAUGUUUAGGGAGCUCGUCAAUCUUAGUUCUAAUGUAUAGGAUGAUAGGGACUGAAAUGGCAUGUUAUUGCGAUUUAGGGGUGGUGUAUGUAAAAAUAGGCCUCAUCUCUGCCACAAAAAAUAUGUUAAGAAAUAUUGAAUACCAAUAAUGGUCAUAGCUUGAACUCUUGAUAGUCAAUCUAAGUUUUCCGUCUGUUCUUGCUUGCCAAUUUGAUGGUUAUUUUAUAAGCAUCUUCAAAUAAAGCCUAGACUCUAAGAGCAUUGGAUUCUGUUUAUAUUUCUGAGAUUUAAACGCUUUGGAAAGUGAUGGGAACAAGGAAUCUAAGAAGGGAAGAAACUACUAUUUUUAAUCUGAUAACUUUAUCGUAUAUAUAGAUUAUUAUUGGAGAGGUGUUGUUUUCUAUGUUUUCAUUCAAGGCUAAUCAAAGUUCAUAAUAUGGAUCAGAAAAGUGCAAUGGAACUCAUAGUUAUUAUAGAAAAUAAUAUUCAGCAUGAUCCCCUUUUUGAUGUAUAGGGCUACCUACAUAUUAUUAUGUUUUAUUUCAGUAGAUAUUUUUACUACCAAAAAUCACAAAUAAUUUCGUCCUUUAUUAUGUGUAUAAGUGUGCUAGCUUUCGUGUACUUAUUUUGUAUACCAUUAGUUUUUAACUUUUAAAUUCCAAGUUCGAGAAACGAUAGAACAAAUACCCUUACAAAACAUAUUUCUACACGUUUUAUUUGCUUAAGAGCGUGACUGAUUUUAGCAUGGGUAAAUACUUAUUACCUUUUAUGAACAAAAUAAAAUUGUGUUCAAGUUUACUAAGAACUUUUAUACUUCCCUCCUGCAGCGUAUUUUCCUCCUCAACUUUUAUAGAAUGUAGGUACUUUUUAUAAGAAAUGAAAUGGAAAGAGAUGAAUGUAAUUAAUUACUUUAAAGUUUAACGUUUAAAUAGAGCAUGACUUUCAUAGUUUAAAACUGAAAUAAAAUCUUUAACUGAAAACUUAUAUUUUGGUUAAAAAAAUAUCCCUUCGGGUGACUUUUUAAAUUUUAAUAAUUGUUAACCAGUAAAAAUUAAGGUCUUUAAAAUCAACCUCAAAACAUAGUAAUUCGUAAGCCCAUUGUAAACCGUGUUAAAUAGUGUGAGAUAGUACAUAUAUGGCAAUAAAAUUAUAACAAUUUCCAUUUAAAAGCUGGUUUACACUUGAAUUACAGGAACAUUAAAGAAUGUGCCAAAAGUUACCUACCACGGAUCUUAUAUCUAUAAAUUUCAAAAAUGAUAUUGAAGAUAAGUUUAACCUUUGCAAAUUGAAGAGACACGCAGAGACACGCUAAUAAAUAAAGGUACUAAAAUUCAAGAUGUAGUUAACUAAUACAGGAAACCUAAGUGUUUAAUUUAAAAGGUGCGUUAUUUUAAAUUAUAAUAUU